CGGAGGCUCGGCCUCUUGGUUCCCGGCUGCGCAGCUGAGGCGACCUCUUCAGCGCUUGGCUUCGGCGCGGGCCUGUGGAGCUGUCCAGGACCCGGAGGAAGUUUUCAGCAAUGGCAGUGCCACUGGCAAUACUGCAUGACUGGUGCAGGUGGAUGGGCGUGAAUGCACACCGUUCCUUGCUCAUCCUGGGCAUCCCAGAUGACUGUGAGGAAGAGGAAUUCCAGGAUGCCGUGAAGGCUGCCCUGUGGCCCCUGGGCAGAUACCGAGUGCUGGGCAAAGCAUUCAGAAAGGAGCUCGGAUCCAGGGUCGCCUUAGUGGAGUUUGCUCAGUAUUUAAACCGAAGUUUGAUCCCCCGACAAAUAGCAGGCAAAGGAGGACCCUGGCCUGUGGUCUUUCUGCCCCAGGCUCCUGAUUCAGACUCACAGGAUAGACCCGAUUUCCCUGCGCAGCCCCAGAUGGAAGCAAGGGCCGGCCAGGCAGGUGAGGCAGGAGCUGUAGGUAAAGAAAGGGCUGCAGGUGUCACAGGAGCUGCAAGUGAGGACAGGCGUGAAGGAGAGGAAGGAGCUACAGGUGAGGCAGGAGCUGCAGGUGUGGCAGGAGGUGCAAGUAAGGAAGGGCGUGGAGGUGAGGAAGCUGCAGGUGAGGCAGGAGCAGCAGGUGAGGCAGGAGCUGCAGGUGAGGAAGAAGCCAUAGGUGAAGUGGGAGCUGCAAGUGAGGCAGGAGCAGCAGGUGAGGUGGUAGCCGCAGGUGAUAAAGGAUGUGAAAGUAAGGAAGAAGCUGCAGGUGUGGAAGGAGCUGUAGGUGAGGCAGGAGCUGUAGGUGAGGCAGGAACUGAAGAUGAAGGGAUAGUGUUAGAUGAGGGAGCUGAAGAUGCAGGAGCUGUGAGUUUGGUAGGAGAAGAUGGAGGAGUACUCGGUGAAGAGGGAGCUGCAGGUGUGGCAGGAACAGGAGGUGAGGCAGGAGCUGCCGGUGAGGCAGGAGUUGCCGGUGAGGCAGGAGCUGCAGGUGUGGCAGGAGCUGUAGGUGAGGCAGGAGUUGCCGGUGAGGCAGGAGCUGCUGGUGUGGCAGAAGAUGAAGGGGCAGUGUCUGAUGAGGAGGGAGCCGCAGGUGACACAGGAAUUGCAGGUGUGCUGGGAUCUGUGAGUAUGGCAGGAGCAGCAGGGGAGGCGGGCACUGCAGGGGAGGAAGGAGCUGCAGGAGCCGUAGAUGAGGGAGGAUCCUGGAUCCAGCAGUGGGGCCAGGCUUGGCAGCCUGUGCCAGAAGACGCGGCCUACGGGGAAUUGAGAACCUUCUCCGGGAUGGAAGAUCCAGACCAAGAGUCCUUUGAGGUCUGGCUGGAGCACGCCAACGACAUGCUGUUCAUGUGGCGCCACGUGCCAGAAGGGGAGAGGAGGCGGUGGCUGAUGGAAAGCUUGGGGGGCCUCGCGCUCGAGUUCAUGUGCGGCCUCCUGGCAGAAAAUCCCAACAUGCUUGCGCAGGAUUGCCUGGCCGCAAUGGUCCAGGUGUUCGGAGACAAGGAUCCCUGCGUGACCGCACGGCUGAAGUUCCUGACGUGCGCCCAGCGGCCCCAGGAGACUCUGUUUGCCUACGUGAUGCGCCUGGAAGGCCUGCUGCAGUCGGCCGUGGAGAAGGGGGCCAUCCAUCCCACCAUCGCGGACCAGGUUCGCGCCAGGCAGGUGCUGAUGCGGGCUCGCUCCAACGAGAUGCUCCAGAGCAAGCUGAAGAGGAUGCGGCUGGAGAGGAGACCACCCGGCUUCCUGGGGAUGCUGCGGCUCAUCCGCGAGGCCGAGGCGUGGGAGGCCGCCCCAGCUACGGGUGAGCAGUUCCAAGUGGAAGAAGGGCCCCCCGCGUAUGUCAGGGUCCUGGCUGUUGUGCCGGCUGCCGCCGCCAGGCAAGAGCUUGCCGAAGCCUCCCCAGCCAACGAAGAUGCUUCCCAGGCGGCCCUGGCUCGUCAAGUCCUCACGGAGGGCGCCCCUGCCGGGGCAGGUGAAACCAAGGCCUCCCCAGCCAAUGAAGAUCGCGCCGAGCCUGCUCCCGCCGACGUAGAGGCCGAUGAGGCCGUUCCCGGCACUGCCGAAGCUGGUGGAGCUGCUCCUGAGCCCCACGAUGGUGCCAAGGCCACCCCUGCCCCUGGGGAGGCCUCCAAGGUCUUCCUUGCCACUCGGGAAGAUGAAGAUGCUCCCGCCUCUGCAGGCCUAGGUCAGGGAAGAUCCUCAGAGGCCCCUGGGGGCCCCACCCCUGCCCAGAUGGGCGCUGCUUCCAGGGUGGGCCCAGGAGGUCCUGGCUGUGGGCCAGAGGGCCUCGCCCAGGCAGGAGACCGGGAGGCUGGGGAUCCCCUUGAGGAGGGGCUCAAGCCCAUCCCAGAUGAGCCAGGAAACGAGGAUGGGGCUGGGGGGACGGGCCUCCCCAAGUCCUCCUCAGGCAAAUAGGCUCAGAAGGCCCAGGGGCCCCCUCUCCUCUCAGGCUGCCAAGUUCUGGAGGCAGGGGGAGGCCAAGCCAGGGCAGCAGCCUUGCCCCACAUGAGGAGCAGGGCUGAGCAAAGGGCCCACCCGGCCCAAACAAAUUCCCACGACCCCACCUUCCCAAGGCACCCUAGCCACCACCAUUAGCCCUUCCAAGUGACCCAGAUGGCCAUGCUUGACACCAAAUGGGGCGUGGAGAGCUGCCCCCUCCCAUGGCAGUACCACCCCAGCCCCAGCCCCAAUGCCUGUCAGCUGAGGCAGCCAGCCUGGGAAGCCCCCCAGUGUGGCUCCUGGUCUAGGUGAGGGGCACUUGAAGCCAUCUUCCACCCACACUGCACUAGGAGAUGUUAGAGGCCGUCUCAAAAGUGCCAGCCUCUUGGGCCUCCCAAGA